CGUUACCAUAAAAUAAAAUAAAAAUCUUCUAAUUCUUAUCCUGCUCGCUGCUCUCCACUCAAAUGGCGCUAACCUUAACCAUCAGCAAUAGCAGUAGUACUAGUAGCAGCGGAAACGGAGUCCGAAUCCUCCACCACAAUCACUUACCCACCGGUCUCCUCCGCCGCCGCUGCCUCCUCUUCCCAAACUCUCCCAGAACCUUCCACUUGACCUCAGCUGCCAAAAAGUUCCGAACCGGACGCUUCGACAGCAAGAACAGGAGGAGCAAUCUCACGACCAAAGAACAAGAUGAUGAAAUGGAGAUAACAGAAGAAAAUGAUGGUGUUGCUGGAGUUGGAUUGGAUAACGUUACACUUGGUGGGAGUUCGUAUUUGGUUUCGGCUGACGGUAAGCCGUUUCCGGAUCUUCAGGGUCUUCAGCCGGAUCCAUUUGAAGGUCCGCAGUGGGAUGUUCUUGGUUUCCUUGUUCAGUAUUUGUGGGCUUUCGGCAUCGUUUUCGCGUUGAUUGCAUGUGGGAUUGCCGUGGCGACUUACAACGAAGGGGCAACAGAUUUUAAGGAGACUCCUGCAUACAAAGAGUCGAUCCAAUCUCAGGAGCUUUUAGAACAACCCGAUGCCUCUACUUCGGAUGUCUUUGAAUCUAACCCUACUGAAGUUGCACCCAGUUUAGAGUAGUUGCCACAAGAUAAA